UGGAACCGCGCAUGCGCGGGGUGAUCUGCGGUUCGGCGUGCGCUGAGCCAGGUUCCACCUCUUCACGCCGUGCUUGUUACUCUGUGGCUCCCAGGCUCUGGAGAGGAUGAUGGAUUUUGAGAAUCUUUUCUCCAAACCCCCCAACCCGGCUCUCGGCAAGAAACCCACCCUGGACUCUGACGAAAGAAUCGAUGGUGAAAUAGAUGGUACAGAAGUUGAAGAAACGCAAGAAGAGAAAAUAAAAUGGGAAGUAAAACUGGAGUGUGAGCAAAUUCCCAAAAAAUUUAGGCACUUUGGAAACUCCACCUCACCGAAGAAUCUGCAGCAUAGAAAAUCAAGAAGCAAGGACUAUGACGUGUACAGUGAUGAUGAUAUCUGCAGUCAGGAAUCAGAAGACAGUUUUGCUAAAGAGCUUCAGCAGUACAUUCAAGCUAAAGAGAUGGCAAAUGUCGCUCAGUCCUUAUCGCUUCCUGAAGAAUCUGUGAAGAAAGAGGGAGCAAAGAAUACUCAGAAAGGUAAAGCUGUUAAACAGAAAAAUAAAAAUAAAAACCUUAAAAAGAAUGGUAAACAGAAGAAAAUGAAACGAAAAUGGCCUGGUGCUGGAGACAAGGGACCAAAUGCCUCCCUGAGGAACCGUGGCUCACAGGAACAGGAUGGUAAACCUAAAGAGAAGCAGCAGCCUGUGAUAAUGAGCCAGGGAUUCAUCAACCAGCACACAGUGCAACGCCACGGAAAGCAGAUUUGUAAAUAUUUUCUUGAAAGAAAAUGUAUUAAGGGAGACCAGUGUAAAUUUGACCAUGAUGCAGAGAUAGAGAAGAAAAAGGAAAUGUGUAAGUUUUACGUGCAAGGAUAUUGUACCAGAGGCGAAAACUGUCUGUAUUUGCAUAAUGAAUAUCCUUGCAAGUUUUACCACACAGGAGCAAAAUGUUACCAGGGAGAAUAUUGCAAGUUUUCACACGCUCCACUGACGGCCGAAACACAGGAACUACUGGCUAAAGUUUUGGAUCCUGAAAAGAAAUCUUCAUGAAAGUAAAAUACAGAAAAAAGCUUUGUGUGGAUGAAGAGUGUUGUGUCCGUGUCUGUUGAAGACUAUCAAGACUUGAUUUGAAGUGGUUUACAAGAUACCUCAUUUAAAGCGCCCCCCUUGUGUCGUUAUAAUGAUGUGCAACUCUCUCAUGGAUGGCGCCCAGGGACAGAAUGUAGUGUAUAAGUGAAGGGGUUGGUCUUUAUGGAGAUGGUUCCAGCCACUGAAACGGAGGAGCAUAUCUGACUGAGGUGCUGGCUGUGGGUAAAGGCUGUGGUGGUAAACGGCAGAAGUCUCUUCUGCUUGACUGAGUUUUCUAAAUGAACUAGGAAGCAAGGUUAGGCUGAGUGAGGAUGGAUGAAGACGCAAUAGAUUUGAAGAGAGAAAACUAUUAAGUUUCUCUGGGAAGACAUUGGGAUAACAGACAAUGAACACACAACUAGAUCUUUUCAUGUCAUUAAAUACAUUCAGAAUGUAUUUUUAAUGGUUGCUCACAAUUCUGUUUUUUGGAUUAAAUUAUCGUUCCAUGAUUUUUUAAAACCAAUUCCCUGUUGUUGGACGAUAAAGUUGUUUCCAGUUUCUUACUAUUACAAAUGAAAUGGACCAGUGUCUCUUGGUAUACCAUUCCUAAACCUGGAGUUCUUAAAUUUUUUGCUGUUAAGAUAUAAGAAUGGUUAUCUUUUUCAUUGGUUCAUAAAUUGUAGUCAGAUUAAACACCUGUGUAGAAUGUAAAUUUUGGGAGUGUGGUGAUGUCUUUAAUAUUCAAAUACAAAAAUUUCCAAUCACAAAUAAUAAGAUUCUAAAUAUGCACUUUUAUAUAGCAGUACUGACUAUUACUAGAAAAAUUCUAUAAAAUGAAACUAUCAUCAUGUUAUUGCUGGGAGAAAUGAUAACACCACUAGCCUGCUGUAUACGUUUGAGUACAUCAAAGUUAGCGCCACUUCUUAGCAAAGUCCUGUUUACAAAUAUGAGUCAAAGCUACUUUGGUUGUAACCUAAUCCCACUAAAGCACAAAAGGGUAUUGCACAUACUCCGAGCAAAGGUUUAUUUCGUCCUAGGAAGGGACGAAACCACGAUUAAUCCUGAGCCCUUAGCAUCGGGAGUCCAUGAGCUGAGAGUGAGUCAUCGCUCAGCGUCCCACUGCUGUCUGCCAGGCUCAUCGGGUCACUCCUUGGCUGUGACGGGAGGAGGGAAAGAUAAUGCGCUAGAAUCUUCCAGAGGAAGUCACAGGGGAGGGGGCGGAGGGGAUGCUUUUAAAGGGUUCAUUACAGAAACCUUCAAUAAUGUAAUGAAAUUGUGCAAAAGAGUGGUUAUAUUACUUGUAGAAUUGAUACUUUAUAUCUUCUUUAUUUUUUUUUAACUGUUGGAAAUUCUUUUUUAAUGAUCUUAAUUUGUGUUUAUUAAGAUAUGUAUUUUUUUUUAAUGUUUAGUGGAGGUUUGUGGGGAUUGAACCCAGGACCUCGUGCAUGCUAAGCAUGUGCUCUACCACUGAGCUAUACCCUCCCCCGUGUAUCUUCUUUAAAGAUCACAUGUAAUGUAGAAGAAUUCAGGAUCUUGUCACAGAGCACAAUUGUAGAAGGUAGAUUUUAUAGAAGGUAGAUUUUUAUGGCCAACCUGUACGUAAGCUAACGCUGACUGACGUACAAUAAGCUAAUGCUGGUGCACGCUCACCAUGUGGAGGCACUGUGCUAUCUUGUCUAAUGCUGUUUAACUUUCUCAUUUAAGCCUCAUAACCCUAUGAGGUGGAUGAUGAGAUCCAUUGCACAGAAGAGGAAUAAACAGGAAAUUUCCUUGUACUUUCUCUAUCUUCAUGAGCCUUGAAAAUGACUUUUAUUUAAUCUUCUAUGAGAGUUUUAAACAAUUUAUUUUCUUAUAAUAUUACAUAAUGCAUAGUGUGAUACCUAUGAGGUAUAAAUACGCAUGUAAAGUUUAUGUAUAAGGCAGAAGUAAUUCUUAUAUUCCAAACAGCAGUACCCAUCUCACCUGUGAACUUUAAAGACCAAGCAGAGGUUUGAGGGACUGAGAAGUCAGAGUUUAAAUAGUGCUUAUUUUACAACUGUUAUUUUGAAGAGGCAAACAAUAGGUGUCAGUGAAACAUCUUAACUUGUGUUGCAUCAAGUUGAGGGCGAGACAUACGCUCUCAGACGGGCCCUGUGCACCGCAAGCAGCUGUUAGGCUGUGGGUCUCCUGCGUACGGGUUAUGACAGCCCCUCCCGACUGGUCUCCUGCCUCCACUUACUUCCCACUCUCUUCUCUACUGUUCACUCUCUUUUCCUACGUUAGGGCAGGUUCCCCAGUGUGCCGCUGCAGCCACGCCGCCACUGUGUACCUCCCGGAGUCAAGGUCCAUUUGUCGCCCCGUCGUGGGUGCUCUGAGUCUGGCCGGCUCAGCCAUACCAAGCUUCAGUGCCCGCUGCCCUCUGCUCCCCUGGGCUUCCGCCUGGGAGGCAAAUCUCACUGACCCUUGAUGCAGCUCCUAGCAAGGACGUGUAUAUUAAAACCAUAGUUUAAAAAAAAUCUGGACCAGAGGAAAUACAAGCAAGAAAAUUGUAAU